AUGAUGAAUUAUAUGAAGUUCUUGAUCAUCGCCGUGAUCAUCUCCGCGGCUUUAUUUCCAGAGUUGGUCCGAUCUCGACAGGUAAAAUGUGACCGGUUGGGUGGGAAUUGCAUGGACGGUGGAGAAGAAGUGAUCGUGAAGAAGAUCAUGAGAUCAGGUUUGGAUGCAAGCCAUAGGAUUCUUCAAGCGUCGAGAUAUAUAAGCUAUGAUGCAUUGAAGAAGAACGUACCAGAUAAGAGACGUGGUCAAACUGAUCGACCGGAUAACCCAUACCGACGAGGUUGUGAUGUCCAUUCGACUUGUUACCGGUUCACAGAUUAA